CAACAGUCCCACGAUGGCGAGCUAUUUCCCUCCCAAUGGAGCCAUCUCCAGCCAUGGCUCUACUCGAGCAUCAUCGCCAGCUUCCUCCCCGCUUUCACCCCCCGUACACCAGCGAUCCAAUGCCUUGUCCAACCGACUGACAAGUGUACUUUCGGCCUCCUAUGCGGACUCGGACAUUCGCGAUGCGCUGGAGACACUCAGCCUCAGGGGGAUACACAAUACGGCAGAAGUUCGGAGACAACUACGCUUGGACGUUCAGAAGGAGGUCGUCGACAGCAAUGCCGAGAUUGUGCGGGAUUUCGGUCUGGUUGCGGAGCAAUUGAAACGGAUAGGAAAUGUGAUUACCAACCUGAACCAGACUUGCGAUGAGAUGCGCAAACAUAUUGUCUCUGCCAGACAGGAAACAGCACCAGUGCUCGAGGAAGCGUCGGCCUUGAUGAAACAGAAGAAAGAGGCAGAGACCAAACAGGAGUUGCUGGAAGCUUUCACCCAACAUUUCAUCGUCCCCGAUGAGGAUCUGCUGAUCCUGACACAUGCCGAAGAGCCUAUUGAUGACCAUUUCUUCGAAGUCCUCGCCAGAGUCAAGCAAGUCUACCGGGACUGCGAAGCACUCCUCGGGGGUGAGAACGAGCGACUGGGUCUGGAACUCAUGGAGAAGAGCUCUAGAAGCCUCAACUCCGCCUACCAGAAACUCUACAGGUGGAUACAGAAGGAGUUCAGAUCCCUCAACCUUGAAGAUCCUCGCAUCAGCAGCUCUAUCAGACGUGUUCUGCGAGUGCUGGCGGAGCGGCCAAGCUUGUUCCACAGCUGCCUGGAUUUCUUCGCAGAGGCGCGAGACUACGUGCUCUCUGAUGCCUUCCACUAUGCCCUUACCGAUGCCGUCUCUGGCACGACGGGUGACACCAACGUGAAGCCAAUCGAGUUCUCUGCCCACGACCCCUUGCGGUACAUUGGAGACAUGCUGGCCUGGGUGCAUUCCACCACCGUCUCCGAACGAGAGGCACUCGAGGCCCUCUUCGUCGCCGACGGCGAAGAGCUCGCCAAAGGCAUCCAAGCUGGGCUAAGCAGCGAACCCUGGUCCCGUAUCGACGAAGACAAAGAAGUAUCAUUCGACGGCCAAAAGGCUCUCAGCGACCUAGUCAACCGAGACCUCAUUGGCGUCUCCCGGGCCCUGCGCCAGCGCGUCGAGCUAGUCAUCCAAGGCCACGACGACCCCGUCACCUGCUACAAGGUAGUCAACCUACUAUCCUUCUACCAAACGACCUUCAGCAAACUCCUCGGCCCGCAAUCCAACCUGGCCGAGCUCCUUGAAACCCUCGAAAAGUUCACCUUCAACCACUUCGAAACCCUUAUGCACGACGAAGUCAACAACAUCUCAACAGACCCCUCGGCCCUCACACCCCCGGCGGACCUCUCCGCACCCCAAUUCCUCCAAGACGCCCUAGAAGACACCACCACCAGCGCCGAAAACAAAUUCACCCCGGUCCUCCACUCCGCCCUGGAACCCUUCCUCGACCUCGCCAAAUCCUCCGCUGCCGAUCUCCCCUCCCACACCACCCAAACCAUCUACCUAACCAACAUCCACCUCACCGUCCGCACAACCAUAUCCCCCUACCCCUUCGCCAGCACCACCCACCUCUCCCAAUCCAAACAGCCCUCUCAACCCUCCGCACAGACCUCCUCGAAAUCCAACACCGCUACCUCCUCACCUCCUCAGAAGUCGUUAUCGAAACCAAACAUCUCAGACAUCCUCGCCCUCCCAGCCUUCCAGCCGCAGGCGCUUGUGAACAUCAGUCAGCAAUUGGAUGACUUCCUUCCGUCUGCGUUGAUGGAUGCUACGGAGAACUUGAAGCGCGUGGCGAGCGCGACGUUCGUGAAGAGCGUUACGGAGGAUGCGGUCGAGGCGUUUUGUAGGGACUUUGAGUUUGUUGAGGGCAUGGUUAUUGCGGCGGAUAAUGAGGCGCGUAGAGGUGUGGUGGAUGGGGAUGAGGGUGAGGAGGGGGAGGAGGAGGGAGAGGAGGAGAAGGGGGGUUUGAGGAGGUUGUUCCCUAGGACGACUGGGGAGAUUAGGGUGUUGUUGAGUUGA